AUGGAAUCAGAUGAGAAAGAGAAGAAGUUUAAAACGCCAAUGGCUAAAAUGAUGUAUGGACAGCUGUACAAAGAAGGGAAACAAAGUAGAUUGGCUACAGCCUUCUUGAGCGGUAGUGAUGAUGAAGGUCCCCAACCUGUGCCUAGCGUAUUGGCUCGCAGACUUGCCACCGAUUUGAAAAAUUUGUCUCUUCGUCAGCCACAGAGCCAGGCCGCAGAAUUGGAAAUGAGAGCGGUUGUGGAUCCAACGCCACAAUCAACUGAUGAACCUAUCAAAGUCAUAAGAAUUUCUUCGUCACCUUCUUCAGAUACCGAAACCGAUACUUCAGAUGAAUCUAAAUCGACGAUUCCUGCGAGUCAGUCGGAGCAGAGCAGCAGUGGUGCUGCUCAACAAAUUCAGUCAGCGCAGUUACCAGCUACUGAACGUGAUAGCUCUACUUUUUCGAAGAUUCCUCCAUGUCAGCCUGUCCAGAGCAGCAAUGUCGCUACACUACUACAGGUGCAACCAGUGUACUACCCAAUCGCUGUUGAUGAUCGCUCUAUUUUAUCGGAGAUUCCCCCAUGUCAGUCAGGCCAGAGCAGCAAUGUCGCUACACUACAGUUGCAACCAGCGCACCAACCAGUCACUCUUGAUGAUCGCUCUAUCUUGUCGGAGAUUCCUCUAUGUCAGGCAGACCAGAGCAGCAAUUUCGCUACACUACAGAUGCAGACAGCGCCCUUACCAACUGCUAAUGAUGAUCGCCCUACUUCAUCGGAACCAAGUCAGCCAGACCAGAGCAGCAAUGCUGAUAUUCUACACAUGCAACCAGCCCACCACCCAACCGUUAUUGAUGAUGGCUCUAUUUUAUCGGAGAUUCCUCCAUGUCAAGCCGACCAGAGCAGCAAUGACGCUAAUCUACAAAUGAUUCCUACGAAUCAGGCAGAACAGAGCGCUAAAAGUGCAGCUCUACAAGUGAUUCCUCCAAAUCUACCGGAACGGAGCGCUGGAGGUGCUGCUCUACGUAUCCAGCCGUCGCAUCAACUUCCUCCAAGUCAACCACAGGAGAGCAAAAAUGCAGAUGCUCAACAAAUCCAGCUGUCGCAGUUACCAGCUACUGAACGUGAUCAUUCUAUUUUAUCGGAGAUCCCUCCAUGUCAACCAGACCAGAGCAGCAACGUCGUUACACUACAGAUGCAACCAGCGCACCAACCAAUCACUGUUGAUGAUCGCUCUAUUUUAUCGGAGAUUCCUCCAUGUCAGCCAAACCAGAGCAGCAAUUUCGCUACACUACAGAUGCAGCCAGCGCCCCUACCAACUGCUAAUGAUGAUCGCCCUACUUCAUCGGAAGUUUGUUUUAUUUUAUGCAGCAAAUCUGAUGCCCAGGUAAGACACAGAGACGGUCUGAUAUGGUAA